AAGGUGCGAUCUACUCGAACAUGUUGCGCGGAGUCAACAGGUUAGCGGCCAGGCCGAGUCGCCUUGCACACACCAAUCUACCAGCUUUGCGACGAACUUAUGCUUCGGUGACCGACUUGUCCAACUAUCCCAAGCCCGGAGAUCAAUUGCACGGAUUCACCUUGAAGCGUGCCAAACACGUCCCGGAGCUCGAGCUCACUGCUCUCCAAUUCACCCACGAGCGCACCGGCGCCGACUACCUACACAUCGCCCGAGACGACCAGAACAAUGUCUUCUCCAUUGGCUUCAAGACGAAUCCUCCGGAUGCCACUGGAGUCCCCCAUAUCCUGGAGCACACGACUCUUUGCGGCAGUCAGAAGUUNCCCGUUCGCGACCCCUUCUUCAAGAUGCUACCGCGAUCCCUCUCGAACUUCAUGAACGCCUUUACCUCGUCCGACCACACCACCUACCCCUUCGCCACGACCAAUGCACAAGAUUUCAAGAACCUCAUGGGCGUCUACCUCGAUGCAACCCUGCAUCCUCUUCUUCAAGAGCACGACUUUACUCAAGAAGGAUGGCGUCUCGGUCCAGAGAACCCUCAAGCCGAGAACCCUUCUUCCGACGACAUCAUCUUCAAGGGUGUCGUGUACAACGAAAUGAAGGGCCAGAUGUCUGACUCGCAAUACCUCUACUACAUUCGUUUUCACGAGAAUCUGUUCCCCGCCAUCAACAACUCUGGUGGCGAUCCUCAGAAGAUGACUGAUCUAACCUACGAACAACUCAANAAGUUCCAUGCCGACCACUACCAUCCCAGCAACGCAAAGGUCCUGACUUACGGAAACCUGCCNCUCGCCGACCACCUCAAGUCCAUUGGCAAGGAAUUGGAUAGCUUCUCGCGCAUUUCUAUAGACUCGGACAUUAAGGUCCCUGAAAGCCUCGACAAUGGACCCCGCUCUGUUACCGUCAAAGGNCCCCUGGACCCUUUGAACCCUGCCGAUUCUCAGUUCAAAACUUCUGUUACCUGGCUCAUGGGAGACACCUCCAACGUUCUCGAGAACUUCUCGCUCUCAAUUAUCUCCUCGCUAUUGAUGGAUGGUUAUGGCUCGCCACUCUACCGUAACCUUAUCGAGGCUGGCCUUGGCCCCGACUUCUCACCAAACACCGGCUUCGAUGGUUCUGGCAAGCGCGGUGUCUUCUCUGUCGGUCUCAACGGCGUCAAGCAGGACAACGUGCCCAAGGUCAAGGAAGCCGUCAUGGAAACCUUGCGCCAAGUCAGAGAGAAGGGCUUCGACCAAUCUAAGAUUGAUGGUAUCCUGCAUCAGCUUGAGCUCAGCCUGAAGCACAAGACUGCAAACUUUGGCAUGUCCAUCAUCCAGCGUCUGAAGCCUGGUUGGUUCAAUGGUGUCGAUGUCUUCGAUGCUCUGGCAUGGCAACAGACCGUCGACACCUUCAAGGCAGAGUGUGCCAAGGGUGGCUACCUCGAGGGCUUGUUGGAGAAGUACCUGCUGAACGAUAAUACUUUGACGUUUACCAUGGAACCCUCCGUAACCUAUGGUGAGGAUCUUCUCGCAGAGGAAGCGCAGAGACUUGCAUCGAAGAAAGCAGAGGCCGAAAAGAUCUACGGUUCGAAGCAGGAGGCUUACGACCAGCUGAGAAAGAGAGAGCUUGAGCUCGUCGAACAACAGAUGCAGGAACAGGACCUGAGCUGCUUGCCGUCUGUUCAUGUCAAGGACAUUCCUCGCACCAAGCCCAUUACUGAGACUCGUCAGGACUCUCUCAACAAUGUCAAGGUGCAAUGGAGAGAGGCCCCGACGAACGGUUUGACCUACUUCAGAGCUCUUAGCAUCUUCAAGGAUUUGCCCACCGAGCUGCGCACGUUUGUGCCUCUGUUCUGUGACGCACUCAUGCGCAUCGGAACCAAGACCAAGUCGAUGGAAGAGAUUGAGGAUCUUAUCAAACUCAAGACCGGCGGCGUAUCAUUCGGAUACCACGCAUGUACCUCUCCUACCGACACUAAGGCCUGUGAAGAGGGCUUGAGCCUGUCAGGUUUCGCGCUUGAUCAGAACGUUCCCGCCAUGUAUGACCUGAUCCGAACAAUCGUUCUGGAAACCGACUUCGAUGGACCCAAGGCUAAAGCCUCUCUCCGCGAGCUGGUCCAGAGCGCUGCUAGCGGUGGUGUUGAUACCAUCGCAGAGUCAGGCCACGCCUAUGCCAGACGUGUUGCUGAGGCUGGUAUCAGCCCUCACGGAAGUUUGCUCGAGCAGACUGGAGGUAUCAGCCAAAUCAAGCACAUGGUGUCUCUCGCGUCACUACCCGAGAUUGGUGACGAUAUCAUCCAGCCACUGAAGGCCAUUCAGCAGCUCAUUGCAGCCAACGUCUCCAACAUGAGAGUCGCCAUUACUUGCGGUGCCGAGUCUACCAGCAUCAACGAGGCGGCCCUUGAAGGCUUCCUCAGAAACACUUUCUCAUCAUCGUCUGAGCUUUCGUCUCAGUCUCAGUCAAGUCAGACGUUGACACGCAACGCCAAGUCAUUCUUNCCCCUUCCUUACCAGGUUUACUACUCCGGUCUCGCCCUUCCUACAGUUCCUUAUACUGAUGCUUCCGGCGCGCCAUUGGCGGUUCUCGCACAGCUGCUCACACACAAGCACCUGCAUCGUGAGAUUCGUGAGCGUGGUGGCGCGUAUGGAGGUGGUGCCUACUCUCGCGCACUAGAUGGUGUGUUCGGGUUCUACUCUUACCGCGACCCCAAUCCUGAGAACACCAUCAAGGUAUUGGACAAUGUUGGCAAGUGGGCAGUGGACAGAAAGUGGAGUGAUCGCGAUCUCGAGGACGCCAAGUUGUCUGUCUUCCAAGCACUCGAUGCUCCUAGAAGUGUCAGUGAGGAGGGCAUGACCAGAUUCGUUAGCGGAGUGACUCCUGAUAUGGAGCAGACACGACGGCAGCAGCUCUUGGAUGUAACGCAGGAGCAGGUCCGUGAUGCUGCAGAACGAUUCUUGGUGAAUGGCAUGUCCAACAGCAGCAUGGCUGUUCUCGGUGCGCGCAAGAGCUUUGUCGAUGAGGCACAAGGUUGGAAGGUGCAGGAAAUUGGCCUGGGCGGUGGUGCUGCAGCUGAAGUUGAGGCCGAGACAGAAGUUGCUGCAGCGGCAGCCUCCCACACCACAUUCUUCUGGUCAUGCACAUUGUUGCAACAUAUUGCAUUGCGACAUGGCGCCUUCAAAUUCGGUCGAUGCGCUAUUACAGUCUCCCUCACUCUCGAGCGCACACCGUCAUCGUAUAANCCCCUCCGAUCAUUCCAUCUAGCCAAAGGCGAACAAAAGCAUUACCAACAACAAUAUGCCGACAUGUACUUUGCCCGGCUGGCCGUUCUCAAACCUGCCGUAGAACGCAUUGCCAGUGAAGCAUGGGAUGGCUUCGAGAUUGGUGGAGAUGAGGUGCAUAAAGUCGAUCGAGUGUUAGACGUCCGACAAGGUGAGCUGGUCUGGGUGGCCGGCACCGUCUACAUGGAGAUGCCACUUAAGCCCAACAUUCUCGACGACAUUUCGAAACAUCACUGGAUUGCCGCACCGCCCCCUCGCCUGAAGUUUACCUCUGGAGCAAGCGACCAAAUCAUGCUCGAAGACGAAUCCGGUCGACUACGCCUGACGGGCAGUUUCCUGAGCUCAUGUCUACUAGUAACAGGGUGUAUCGUAGCCGUCAUGGGCACAGAAAACGCCAAUGGCGACUUCGAAGUCAUCGAUCUGAAAAUACCUGAGCUGGCACCACAACUCGAACGUUGGUCAUUAGGCCAAAGCGGUGGCGCAAGCAAGAAGAAGGCNCGAAAAAAGGAGAAGGCUGGCAAGAUUGCUAUUAUCUCGACACUAGGUGUCAGUGGUGACUCUGGCGACACGAUGGCUCUAGAUAUGCUUGUGGAAUAUCUCCUCGGCGAGUCGGCUUCACCCGCCGAGCAAGAGAAGAUCUCGAGCAUCUCACGACUUUUGAUUGCUGGUAACUCUCUGUCCUCGGCGAACCCCGUCCCAAAUGCAGAGGAAGUGGCAAUCAAGAAGCCUUCUGCCGUCAAGAAAUAUGGCUACGACGCUUCCUCCUACAACCCUGCCCCAACCGAUCGCCUGGAUUCUCUGCUGGAAUCACUCUUACCCUCGAUACCCAUUACUUUGAUCCCUGGUGAACAAGACCCUACCCAUACAUCGCUGCCUCAACAACCCAUGCACUCCGCCCUCUUUCCAAAAAGCAGAGCUUACAUGGCUGCGCCUAACUCGGAAGACUCGGCCUGGUUCGAUACUGUCACAAAUCCUUGGGAGGGUGAUGUGGAUGGUUGGAGAGUUCUUGCUACUGGUGGUCAGCCGAUCGAUGAUGUCUUCAAAUACAUCGAAGGCGACGACCGACUGGAGAUGAUGGAAGCAACAUUACGCUGGAGACUGUGCGCACCCACUGCUCCAGAUACGUUGUGGUGCUAUCCAUUCCAAGACAAAGAUCGCUUCGUCAUCGAGGCCACUCCGCACGUCUACAUUGUUGGCAACCAGCCUCGCUUCCAGUCCACGGUUGUCGAAGGACCUGAUAACCAGAGCUGCCGAAUCAUAUCGGUGCCACGCUUCAAGGACACCAGUGAGUUGCUGUUACUGGACAUGGAGACACUUGAGGUAGAAGUCGUCAAGUUUGGUGUUUACCAGCAGACU